AUGGCGAUGUCUCUGGCUGAAGAAAUAAUUCUUUGUGUUGGCUAUGCCAUCAUUUUCUUUGCCAACAUUGUGGGGAAUUUGUUUGUGUGCGCGGUCGUGCUCAAAACUAAGUACCUCCAAAACUUUACGUCCAUUUUGAUAGUAAACAUGGCAGUAGGUGAUCUAAUAGUUGGUGUUUCUGGUGUGAUACACAUAGUUUUAGAAGUUUGGUUUCUCGUCUCAGGGAAAAACAAUAACACUGUUUUCUGUGGAAGAUUGAAUGGAAUCACGUUUUUCAGCGCGUCCAUUUCCAUCUACACUAUGGCAGUUUUAGCAUUCGAUCGUUACCUGUCCAUUGUAAAGCCAGUGAUACGGCGAGGAACAUUAACGAAAGGCAAACUGAAAUUCAUCCUUCCAGCCAUAUGGAUCUUAUCUCUCGUAUUCUUCGGAUCAAGCAUGUAUUUUAUUGAAAUCUACGAUUUCAAGGACGAUAAGUUGAUCUGCUGGGAGACUUUGCCUCAAGACGAGUUACCGGUAUCUUACAGAAUAAUCCUUUUCGCAGCCAUGUAUUUCAUCCCGAUGUGCAUCACAAUGUAUUUCUUCGGAAAAAUUUUUGUUCAUCUCUGGAUUGGUAACCCUUGUAUAAGCCUUGCAACAAGCCAAGUGCUUCUAAAAUCCCGACAUCGCUUAACAAAGAUCCUGGGCAGCGUUAUAUUGCUUUUCAAUAUUUGUUGGCUUCCGUGGUUUGUGGUGGAGUUGCUUUUGUCAUUUGAUUCAAGGCUCGGGCGCCACGAAGUGUUGCAAUCAGCUUUGGCGUUAUUGGCUGUUACACACUCCAGCAUGAACCCUUUCAUCUACUCGUUUCAGAGUCAGAACUUCCGGCAACAUAUACGACGAAUAACGAAGAGAAACAGACCACAACUGAGUAAAGCAAAGAAAGUAACCAAGUGA